UUUUUUUUCUUCCCCCUUCUUCAACUCUUCCCCCCUUUUUUUCUUCUUCUUCUUCUUCUUACAAUCUUCAUCCUUACACCUCAAAAUUCAAGACAAGGUGGAAAAUAUAGUGAAAAGAAGUAGUCGAGGAUCAGAAUCACCAUCCAAACGACACCGAUCCGAAGUUAUGACCCACCAAAAUGAUUCUAGUGAGCCUUCAUCUCCUACAUCUUCAAUAGACAUGACUCCAACAGAAAAUUAUAGUCCAUUAUCAGCAAAACGUGCUAGAGAAACAAGUUUUGGUAGUGAUAUUGAAAUAACAAUACAACAACAACGUACUACCGCAGUAACAAUGGACGAAACUGACGAUGAACAACUUGAAAACGCUGUUGCUGGUUGGGACUGUAAUGACAAUGAUAUCUCGACCUGUCUAGAAAUAUCCGAUCUACCUCCUACUGAACAAAUUGAUUACUUGGAGACACUUAAAAACUCUACCAUGAAAGAAGGUGAUACUUGGUAUUUGGUAGCUAAUUCUUGGAUGUCAAGGUGGAAACAAUAUUGUAAACGUAUGGCAAGUCCAAUGGUCAAUACUCAACUUUUAGGUUCUCAAACUGCUCCUGGCCCUGUCGACAAUAGCUCAGUCCUCAACUCCAACAAGAAUCAAUUAUUACCAGAUUUGGUUGAAGGGGAAGAUUACACCUGUGUACCUGAAUUGGCUUGGCUUUCCCUGGAGAAAUGGUAUGGUAUCUCAGUAGAUCCUAUCCCAAGAUAUGUCAUUACCGAAGGCGAAGUCAAUAAAGAAACUAUGAUUGAAAUUUAUCCUCCAACAUUCAAAAUAUAUUUGGCCACAUCAUCACAAAACAACAACUCUUCUUUGGAAAAAUGUCCAACCAUUAGCCUUUCAAGGAAAACUUUGGUGAUGGAUAUGAAGAAUACUUUUCUGAAUGCUUUUGAUUUGGCUCAAGAUGUGGAUUUUGAACUUUGGCGAUUAGAUGAUGAUCUUCCUACCACUCUGAGUUCCACUUCAAACUCUCCUUUCGUUUCUACUUCUGUCCUCCGUGAUGCUGAACGAAUUAACCUUGAUGAAGACUACAAAACAAUCUCCGAUUUAUCCUUGGCUAGCGGCAUCUUGGUCAUCAAUCUAUCUCAAGAUAACACUGAUUCUAUACUAAAUUCGACAACAGCAGGUCCUCUUUCCAUUGGUUACAACAACAAUUUAUAUGGUAAUAGGAACAAUGAUGAUAGUGAUUUUGGUUCUUCUUGGAUUGGAAAAAGUGCACCAGUAUCACGACAACAAGGUAUUUGUGGUUUAUCCAAUCUUGGUAAUACAUGCUUCAUGAAUUCGGCCUUACAAUGCCUUAGCAAUACAAUGCAAUUGACAAAAUGGUUCUUGGCUGGAAAUUACAAAGAAGAUCUGAAUCGGGACAAUCCAUUAGGCAUGAAUGGUGAAAUUGCAGAAAAUUAUGGAUCAUUGAUUGAAAAACUUUGGAGUGGUACAACAGCAAGUAUAGCUCCUAGAGAUUUCAAAUAUACUAUCAGUCGUUUCAAUCCUACUUUUACUGGUUAUCAACAACAUGAUUCUCAAGAAUUGUUGGCAUUUUUAUUAGAUGGUCUACAUGAAGAUAUGAAUCGAAUCCUCAAGAAACCAUAUAUAGAAAUGCCUGAUUUUGACAAUAUGACCGAUGAAGAAAUUGCGAAAACAAGUUGGGAUUAUCACAAGGCUAGAAAUGAUUCCAUCAUUGUCGACCUCUUUCAAGGACAAUUCAAGAGUCGUUUGAUUUGUAAUGUUUGCCACAAGGUUUCGGUAACGUUUGACCCUUUUAUGUAUUUAUCCUUACCUCUCCCAAUACAAAAGAAACGAAAAACUCAACUUGUAUAUGUUCCCUAUGAUCCUUCUAUCACUCCACAACGUAUGACCAUUACUCUUGAUAAGGAUGCAAGCUUCAAGAAUCUCAAAGAUGCUGUUGCGAAACAAGUGAAUGUUGACGAUCCAUCCACGCUCUUUGUGGUAGAAAUAUUCAACAACAAAAUUUACAAGGUGUUCCCGGAAUAUGAACUCGUUGCGUCAAUUGGACUGUCAGACAUUAUUUAUGUAUAUCAAUUACCUGGACCUGUGCCUUCACGUUCUCCUCAUACAAGACGUCAACCGCGCUUUUCAAUUAGAUCCAGACUUGGUUCCUCUGCUAUUGAAUCUGGUGAUACUAUGGAUGAGGAUGAUGAAUUUGAUGGUGAAAAAUGGAUUGUUUUCCCUGCCUAUUGUGCCUCACGACUUGAUACUGAAAAUCAAUAUAACUAUGGUCAAUUUGGUGGACCCGUGAUACUCGCUAUGCAGGCCAAGGAUGCCAUUUGCCCUGAAAAUGUAUACAGAUUGAUUACCAAACACGUGGAACGUUACACCAUGGUGAAACUUUUUGAAGAAGUACGACGACCAUCUCAAGCUUCAAUCAUUGAUGAUGCCAUUACACCCAUGUCACCCGCAUCACCAACUCUUCCUGAAAACGAAGAAAUAGAAGAUGACAAUAGAGAGAGCAUGGAUAUUGAUACUGUGGAUCAGCAACCCAAACUUAUUCGAACAGCGGCUGCAGUGACUGCUGCUGGAGGACGUCAACUUGAACCCAUCAACAACCUAUUCACUAUGAAGGUAUUCUCUGAAAACAACUACAGCUCUGAUCUUGAUGAUCUUAUACCAACAAGCAUCUCUUCUUGGAGAUCUGGUUCUCUCGAAGAUCUUAACGAAAGGUUUAUCAAGGAAAAUGCUGAACGGAUUGAAUAUGAAAAGGCGAGACGAGACUACGAAAAUAAUAGAAACAACAAGGAAUCAAUGGAUGAUACUAUGGAUAACAAUAACGACAACAAUAUGAUUUCACCAAAUCAAGCCUCUAUAGACGACUAUGACAAUGAUGUUGUAGCGGAUGUUGCCUCAGAAUGGAAUAACGAUGAUACAACGAUGACACCAGAUGCGGCAAUAACAGUAACAAACAACAAUAGUGAUGACACCAGUAGCGAGACGAGCUCUACUAGUAGCAUGAUCUUUGAAAAAUCGAACUCUCAGGAUAAAUCGGUUACUAUACAAUCAGCAUCUCCCAUCUUAUCAACGCCAUCUUCUCCACCUCCACCACCACAUGUACCGCCACGACGCCCUCCACCACGAACGGUUAUUAGACAAGGCGAAGGAAUUAUGUUAGAUUGGCGUUUAAAGAAGGCACAAGAAUUAUUUGGUAUUGGUAAAUCACUUGAACCUAUGAAUUAUGGAAGCAAUUCUUGCAACGUAAGCGACGCCGGCUGGAAGGAAAUCGACGAUAUUGCUGAUCCUGAUGCUGAAUCUGAUGAAAAGGAGCGUAAUCGCAAUGUUACACUUAUGGAUUGUUUAGAUGAAUUCACCAAGGAAGAACAACUCAGUGAAGAAGAUCUUUGGUACUGUCCUCAAUGCAAAGAACAUCAACGUGCCACCAAGAAAUUCGACAUUUGGCAUCUACCAGAAAUCAUGGUGGUCCAUCUGAAACGCUUUAGCCAUACUAGAACUUUACGUGACAAGAUUGAUGCGUUUAUUGAUUUUCCCAUGGAAGAAUUGGAUAUGACCGACCGUGUACUUGGCGUGAAGAAUGUUGACUCUAUCGCUAAGGAAGACCGUUUUAUUUAUGAUCUUUAUGCUGUGGAUAAUCACUUUGGUGGUAUGGGUGGUGGUCAUUAUACUGCUUAUGCCCAAAAUUGGCAAGAUGGUGAAUGGUACAAUUUUGAUGAUUCUCACGUCAGCAAAGUAGAACAAAAGGAUGCCAAGGUAAAAUAUAGGAUAAUAUAUUAAAAAAGGGAAAUACAUUGUUAAUGAUUAUAAUUGCUUCUUUCAAUUAGACCAAAGCAGCGUACCUGUUGUUCUAUAAACGCCGAAGGCAAUCUGACAAUUAUGAAGAACAAAUCAUUGAAGAACAAGAAAACGCGCUUGAAGAAGAAUCAUGAUACCGAUUACCUACUACAUAUUAGCUACGUACUCUAUUGGUUAGUGUAGUCUUUAUAUAAAUAUACAUCAAAUAAAUCAUUGCAUAAAACAUUUAUACAAUUCCGCAUCCAAUGUCCUACUCAAAAGCAAUAAUCACUUGAACAAACAUAUCUUUUUUGAUGAUCUUUUUUGGUUGACUUCUCUCUCUCUCUCUCUCGUACUUGGCUCUUAU